AUGCAUAAAGUUGUGUCGGACCACCAGCCUAUAGUCCUGCCGGAGACUCGUCUGGGAAUUUUUAUUUUAGUUCAUAUCCAUUGGUGUUCUAUUCUUCUGCAAGUGGGUAAGACCCUUAAGCACCUUAUGAAGCAUUUGAAAGGUCUUCAUUAUGGCUUGGAGCAGGUGGCUAUGAACCUCAAGGUGGAGCCAACAAAUUUUUGGUGGUUGUAUUGGCUGGUGGGAUGGUGGUCCAUGGAGAGAGAAACACUACAAGAAUACAGAGAAAUACAGUACGACGUAGUUUUGUCACACAGCUGUUUACUGGUGGUGAAGAGGUUUUGCUUCACCACCGUCCGUCUUCUGCCAUACCGACACCUUCCCCACCGGCGACUCGUCCCUUCUUCCAGCUUAUCUCCUUCACUGCCAAAUAGUCACCACCGGAGGAUCACCAACAACUUUGACAAUCGGAAUCCGUCCAUCACAACAAGAAGAACAAAACAGAAGUCGCAAGGGGACAUGGAGGAGACGGUGGGGAUAGACCUCCAUACGGGGCCGCACACGGUGUACCAUCGGAUUGCCAAUCUUCACAAAUGA